ACCCCAGCUUAGCAGCAGUAACGCCAUUUUGCAAGGCUGUACUUAAGAUGACUGGUUCAGGGAAAGGUUAGAACACUGAGUACACAGCGGCUGCCAAACAAGAUGUGUUUGGUUGAAGGCCUGGCAACAGGAGGACUGCCGUUGAGCACCUGACAAUGAGAAAAGCCCCGGGAGAGGUCCCACACCCUGGUGGGGGGCCGAGUCAGCCGUUAUGUUCCAAGAAGGUAGCUAAGAAACUUGCCCCCGGGCUGAACCCUUGGGGGGCCGAGUCAGCCGUUAUGUUUCAGGAAGGUAGCUAGGAAACUUGCCCCCGGGCUAAACCCUUGCCAUAUUAGAAUCCACCAAUUAUAUCCCUGUAACCAUGCAUCUGCUUCUGUAUGCUUGCUUCUGCUCCCCAAAAUCCUAUAAAAGCCCAUCCUUGGUUCCGUGGGGCGCGCCAGUCCCCCGAGUGACUGAAGCGCCCGCAGGUGCCUGUGCCUGUGUAUCCCGACAAUAAACCAAAUCCUCUUGCUGAUUGCAUCCUGUGGUGUCUCAGUCUGGUCUUUGGAGUUGGAGGGUCUCCAUCCUGAGGGAAAGUUCUCCCUGAGAGCUUUUCAUUUGGUGCAUUGGCCGGGAAAGGAGAUCCUCCACCCAGGGACCACCGACCACCCACUGGGAGGUAAGCCGGCCGGCGUCUGUCUGUCUGUCUAAUUUUGUCUCGUUCUGCCUUAUUCUGUCUGUUCUGUGAGCGCUCAGCCAGGUCUGUUCUGUGAGCGCUCAGCCAGGUCUGUUCUGUGAGCGCUCAGCCAGGUCUGUUCUGUGAGCGCUCAGCCAGGUUGUUUGGAAUUUGGGCGGGACGAAGAAGGAGCUGACGAGCUCGGACUUCUCGCCCCGCAGCCCUGGAAGACGUUCCAAGGGUGUUGGGGCCCGACUUUUCGGGGCCCAAUCUGGGAGAGGAGAAAGAUCCGGACUAACGGCACUCUGUCUGUAUUUUUGGCUUUCAGAGGGCCCCGGACCUUUACCACCUCCAUCUGACUUUUUGCUUUCAGUUUGGUACCAAAGCCGUGCAGCACGCCUGUCUGUUGUUUGUUUGACUGUUGGUGUUGUUUGUUUUCUCUGUGUUCUAAUCUUCCUUAGAACUAACAUGGGACAGUCCCUAACAAUGCCCCUAAGUCUCACUCUUGAUCAUUGGGAAGACGUCCACGACCGGACACACAACCAGUCCGUCGAGGUUAAAAAAAAAAAAAAAAAAAAGGAAAAGGGCAGACUCUCUACACAUCCGAGUGGCCCACUUUCGGAGCAGGAUGGCCAGUGAAUGGCACAUUUAAUAAGAUCAUUAUUUUACAGGUUAAAGAUCGGGUCGUCCACGGACAUCCUGACCAGGUUUCUUAUAUUAUCACUUGAGAGAGUCUCGCCUUAACCCCCCCCCAGGCGGAACCCUUCGUGGACCCGAAUUGGCCUCCCCUCAACCCCCAGCCUGUCCCCUCGGCCCCGCCCGGUCUGCCGGCCACGUCUUAAGAAACCUGUCCUCCCGGCAGACCCAAACUCCCCUCUCAUAGAUCUUCUCUCUGACAGGCCCGGCUGAAACGGAGGAGGCAGAGCCGCCGGCCAGAUCAGUUGCCGGGCCACAGUCUGAUAAGGGUUUCUCCCCUGUCGCAGGGAGAUUGCGCAAUAAGCACGAGGUGGUGCCAGAUACAACCUCCCAGGCUUUCCCACUUAGACAGGGAACCGGUGGCCAGACCCAAUACUGGCCGUUUUCAGCAGCUGACAUUUACAAUUGGAAACAACACAACCCUUCUUUCUCCAAAGAUCCAAUGGCACUCACCGACCUAAUAGGAUCUGUUUUACUUACCCACCAGCCUACUUGGGAUGACUGCCAACAGCUCUUACAGGCCCUCUUAACCUCAGAAAAAAAAAAAAAAACAAGGAGUGUUCCUAGAGGCCAGAAAGCAUGUUCUGGGAGAUGAUGGGCGUCCCACCCAGCUGCCUGAGGACCAAACUGGGAUUUUAAUACAGCUGAAGGUAAGGGACACCUACGCCUUUAUCGCCAGUUGCUUCUAGCGGGUCUCCGAGGGGCUAUACGACGCCCUACUAAUUUGGCUCAGGUAAAACAGGUAUUACAGGAAACAGGGGAAACUCCCUCCGCCUUUCUAGAGAGACUUAAGGAGGCCUACCGUAUGUACACUCCCUAUGACCCAGAUGACCCAGGACAAAUGACGAGUGUCUCUAUGUCCUUCAUCUGGCAGGCUGCUCCAGAUAUCAGGACUAAGUUACAGAGGUUAGAAAAUUUGCAGGGCUAUACAUUACAGGAUUUACUUAAAGAAGCUGAAAAGAUUUUUAAUAAGAGAGAGAAUUGAGUCGAAUCUUGGCCGCCGUAGUUCAGGGCCAAGAAAGGAAGGGAGAUAGGGGGGAGCUCGAAAGGGGCUGAAGCUGGAUAAAGAUCAAUGUGCCUAUUACAAAGAGAAAGGGCACUGGGCCAGAGAGUGCCCCAAGAAGCCUGGCGGACCCCGAAAGCCUUGACCACGAACCUCCCUCUUGGCUCUAGAUAAAGAUUAGGGAGGUCAGGGCCAGGAGCCCCCCCGCCCUGAGCCCAGGGUAAUGCUUAAAGUUGGGGGGCAGCCGGUUACUUUCCUGGUAGACACAGGAGCCCAGCAUUCAGUCCUCACCCAAGCUUCAGGACAACUCAGCGACCGGACGGCCUGGGUACAAAGAGCUACUGGUGAGAAACAAUACCGAUGGACUACGGACCGCCGGGUUCAGCUGGCUACCGGUAAGGUGACCCAUUCCUUCUUACAUGUUCCGGACUGCCCGUACCCUCUGCUGGGCCGUGAUCUGCUCACCAAACUAAAAGCACAAAUUCAUUUUGAGAAAGGAGGGGCCCGAAUAACUGGCCCCCACGGAACUCCCCUUCAAGUUCUAUGAAUAUAGACUAUAUGAACUGGGACAGGACAAGCCACAAUCCCUAGAAAUAGACACUUGGGUCACGAAUUUUCCACUGGCUUGGACAGAGACUGGUGGGUUGGGGUUGGCGCUCCAACAGCCCCCCUUAAUUAUACAGUUAAAGGCCACUACAACUCCAGUCUCCAUAAAACAAUACCCCCUGUCACAUGAAGCUUAUCAAGGUAUAAGGCCUCACAUUACGAGGCUUCUGGAUCAAGGCAUCCUAGUCCCCUGCCGGUCGCCUUGGAAUACGCCUCUUCUGCCUGUUAAGAAACCCGACACUAGAGAUUAUAGGCCAAUACAAGACUUGAGAAAGGUCAACAAGAGGAUAGAAGAUAUUCAUCCGACUGUUCCAAACCCUUACAAUUUGCUCAGUAACUGUUCAUCGAUGAGAAACAGGGGUAUGCUAAAGGGGUCCUAACACAAAGGUUGGGACCCUGGAAACGCCCUGUGGCCUACCUGUCUAAGAAAUUGGACCCUGUGGCCUCCGGCUGGCCACCGUGCCUAAGGAUGGUGGCUGCUAUUGUUGUCCUGAUCAAGGAUGCUGGAAAAUUGACUUUGGGACAGCCACUCACCAUCCUAACACCCCACGCAGUGGAGGCCUUGGUAAAACAGCCCCCAGACCGCUGGCUCUCUAAUUCCCACAUGACCCACUACCAAGCCUUGUUACUGGAUGCAGAACGGGUUCAGUUUGGGCCCGUAGUCGCCCUCAAUCCUGCCACCUUGCUUCCCCUACCAGAGGAGGCAGAACAACAUGACUGCCUACAAAUCCUCACAGAAGUACAUGGAACCAGGCCGGACCUAUCGGACCAGCCUCUUCAGAAUGCUGACCACACAUGGUACACGGAUGACAACAGCUUCUUGGCAGAGGGAGAGCGAAAGGCUGGAGCUGCGGUCACUACGGAGGACAAAGUGAUUUGGGCGAAAGCCCUGCCUGCUGGUACCUCCGCACAACGGGCUGAACUCAUCGCCUUGACUCAGGCGCUCAAGAUGACAAAAGGACACCAGAAAGGACACAACCCAGAGGCACGAGGAAACCGGCUGGCCGAUGCCACGGCGAGAGAAGCGGCCAUGAGCAAACAAAUCUUGCCCUUAAAUAGCCCAGACCAACCCACACCCCCACCAGUGGGACAAACCAGUUGGGUUUAUGCCCAUGAGGACAUAGAGCUCCUAGAAAAAAAAAAAUGGGGGCCAUCUACCACCCUCAACUAAAACAGUGGGUCUACAAAGGACUUUUGAAUUGAUCUCCUUUUUACAUAAAUUAACCCAUUUGGGGUUUAAGAAGAUAAAAACCUUACUAGAUAGGGAAGAGAUAAAUCUGUGUUUUUUUUUGAAUCGGGACAAAGCGAUACAAAAGGUGACUGAGAGUUACAAAGCGUGCGCUCAGGUUAACCCGGAAAGGACCAUGAUUGGACAAGGAGUUCGUCCUAGGGGACACCGUCCCGACAUCCAUUGAGAAAUUGAUUUUACUGAAAUUAAACCAGGUAUAUAUGGAUACAAGUAUCUCCUAGUGUUUGUAGACACCUUCUCAGGAUGGGUCGAAGCCUUCCCCACAAAACACGAGACUACAAAAAUGGUCACCAAGAAGCUCCUCGAGGAAAUCUUUCCCAGGUAUGACAUGCCUCAAGCGUUGGGGUCGGACAACGGGCCCGCUUUCGUCUCCCAAGUAAGUCAGUUGGUGGCCAAAUUGCUGGGGAUUGAUUAAAAAUUACAUUGUGCCUAUAGACCCCAGAGUUCAGGUCAGGUAGAACACAUGAAUAGAACAAUUAAGGAGACUUUAUCCAAACUUACGCUUGCAACUGGCUCAAAGGAUUGGGUGGCCCUCCUUCCCCUAGUUCUAUAUCGGGCCCGGAAUACCCCGGGCCCCCAUGGUCUAACUCCUUUUAAAAUAAUAUAUGAAACACCACCCCCAUUUGUCCAUUUCUUUGAUUCAAACAUUGCUGAUUUUGCUGACAGCCCUUCUCUGAGGGCCCAUUUACAGGCCCUACAGAUUGUACAGAGAGACGUCUGGAGACCUUUGGCCGCUGCUUACCAGGACAAGCUUGAGCAUCCGGUGGUGCCACACCCGUUCCAGAUUGGAGACACCGUGUGGGUGCACAGACACCAGACCAAGAAUCUCGAGCCACGGUGAAAAGGACCCUACACCGUCCUCCUGACUACCCCGACCGCCCUAAAGGUAGACGGAGUCUCGGCUUAGAUCCACACACCACACGUCAAGGCAGUCCGGUCUGAGGAAUUGACUAAUCACAACACUACACCCCAGACAUGGAGAGUUCAGCGCAUUCCAAACCCCUUAAAGUUAAAACUCCUACGUGGCUCCUCCUAGCCCUUUUGUGGCCUAGAGUCAGUGGGGGAAUAAGCCCCCACCAGACAGAAAUUUCUUGACCAAGUCGAGUGAAAGAUUUCACUCAAAGUUAGCAAAAAAAUGGGGGAAUGAAAGACCCCAGCUUAGCAGCAGUAACGCCAUUUUGCAAGGCUGUACUUAAGAUGACUGGUUCAGGGAAAGGUUAGAACACUGAGUACACAGCGGCUGCCAAACAAGAUGUGUUUGGUUGAAGGCCUGGCAACAGGAGGACUGCCGUUGAGCACCUGACAAUGAGAAAAGCCCCGGGAGAGGUCCCACACCCUGGUGGGGGGCCGAGUCAGCCGUUAUGUUCCAAGAAGGUAGCUAAGAAACUUGCCCCCGGGCUGAACCCUUGGGGGGCCGAGUCAGCCGUUAUGUUUCAGGAAGGUAGCUAGGAAACUUGCCCCCGGGCUAAACCCUUGCCAUAUUAGAAUCCACCAAUUAUAUCCCUGUAACCAUGCAUCUGCUUCUGUAUGCUUGCUUCUGCUCCCCAAAAUCCUAUAAAAGCCCAUCCUUGGUUCCGUGGGGCGCGCCAGUCCCCCGAGUGACUGAAGCGCCCGCAGGUGCCUGUGCCUGUGUAUCCCGACAAUAAACCAAAUCCUCUUGCUGAUUGCA